UUAUGAAAGAUUAAUUCUUCCUUUAUUGAUUAUACCCGGUAUUAUUUUACAGAAAUGAAACAUAUAAAUCGUCGUUUCUAGGGAGAAAAACCCGGACAUAUGAGUCAAAUGAUUACCCCAAAAGUUGCAAGUUAUUUUUCACCCACCAUGCCCCAAGCACAGCCAGCUUAUUAUGUGUCUAACAGUAUGCCAAGAUUGAAUUUAACCAUUCCAAGAACAGUUCCUAUGCCUGAAAACGAGAUAACAAAGACACGUUCUAGUGUAGAAUGUCAUUCUAUCAAUAGUCCAUCAGGAACAUCAGCCAAUCAGCAAAACAGGUUUAUCAGCCAACAGAUGCCUGGACAAUCACAAACUUACCAAUCUUGUGUAUCAGUUAAGCCCCAGGCAUCACAUGCUGCAAUUUACAAAGAAAACCAACCACUUACUGCCACCAUGUUGGCCACAAUGCCGCCCCAGGAACAAAAACAGGCGUUGGGAGAACGUCUGUACCCUCUCAUAUCUCAAAUGUACCCAGACGUGGCCG